UGAAGCCUCUGGGAGGUCUGCGGAUCGCCAGCAUGCCUUUCUUUUUCCUUGCGUCUUUCAAUCCUCUUAAUUAGAAACGUCCCUUGCUAAGGGAGUUGGUGAGUCCACCAUCAUGUCGGGAGAACAAGACCUUGGAGACAGUCGUCCUCCUGGAGCGGAGGACUUGCCCCCAAUUGAUGAAGAACCCGGGUACUUCCAAUCAAGACCCUACAAAGAACAACCUAGUACUCGGUCAGAGCAACAACAACCAGCAGCCGCAGGAUCAGUCAAACAACCCGCGAGACAUAUUUCUGCGGCAUCCGACCGAACAAGCCAGCGUGCAUUCUAUGAGCAAACAUCAGCAACUUUCCCGGAAUCUGAAAUCCAAGAUGGGCGCCCCCUAGCCGGUUCCCAAGAAGGAAACCCGAAUGACGUCUAUGUCCACCCCGAAUACCGCGAGAUGAACCCUGAUUACAUGAAGAAUCACGAGGCGCCAAUAUGGGGCUUAGCUAAACCACUUCCUCGCGUUGUUCGACCGGGUAUGCGUCGUGAUCCCACCAGGGAUGACACGAUGGCCUACCAGACAGAGACGAAAGGGGAAUCGGAGCCUAUUCCUGAGAUGAAGAUGACAUCCAGUCGGAAUAAUGACCAGAAAGAAGGUCCUACUACGCCCGCUACACCCGCUACACCUGCCCAGAGAAUCUCAAGCCGUGGUACCUAUCCCGGCAGUACUCAAAACGAUACCCCCGUCGAGCAAGGAAUUAUGAGUCCCGAUUCUAGUGAUCGGGUCAGCCGCCCGGUUGAAAGUGAGCUUGUAGGGCAAUGGGACCAACCACAACCAGACGAUCAUGAACAUGUGAACACAUGGGCCUUGGUCCGGCAUUGGCUUCGGGAGCCGCUCGCCGAGUAUCUGGGGACCACAGUAACUAUGCUGAUCGGCUUGUGCGCCACCCUUGCGAUCGGCACCGGCGGUUCUCAGGCUGGGGAUCGCCUCGCGCUGUACUGGGCUUGGGGACUUGCUGUCAUGGUGGGCAUCUAUAUAUCCGGUGGUGUCAGUGGUGGACAUUUGAACCCGGCCAUUUCCAUUGCCCUUUGGGUGUUCCGCGGCUUUCCCGGCCGCCUCUGCAGCUACUAUGUCAUUGCGCAAAUUCUCGGGGCCCUCACGGCCGGGGGGCUGGCAUAUUGCAUUUACCGUGACUCGAUCCUCGCAUUAGCCCCCACGACUCCCAUGGGGGCAACUGGAAUAGGCUUCUACACUGAGCCUUUGUCCUACGUUCGGAACGUGACGGCAUUUUUCAACGAGUUUGUUUCGGCCGCCAUUCUGAUCUGUACCAUAUUUGCCAUGGGUGACGGUGGUAACGCGCCGCCCGGAGCGGGUAUGCAUUCCUUUAUUAUCGGGCUGCUCAUCCUCGUGCUGUGCGUUGGAUUUGGUUUUAACACUGGAGGGGUUUUCAAUCCCGCUAGGGACCUAGGGCCUAGGCUUGUUGCUUUGAUGGCCGGCUAUGGCGGAAGUACGUUCACCGAGCGCGAUGGCUGGUGGUUCUGGGGAGCUUGGCUGGCAACCACCACUGGUGCCCUCGCCGGUGCAGCUGUAUACGACGUCUUUGUUUUCAUAGGCGGGGAAUCGCCCGUCAAUUACCCUCCCGCUCGACGCAAGAGAGCUUUUCUUAAAAGGGCGCUCAAAUGGAGGAAACGACUCGGGCUGCGCAGGAAAAGAAUUCCUCAGCUUGAAGAAGGACUCAAGGAUCUGGAAGCUUGAAGGAUGAACCAGGCCCUUCCAGGACGACUCAGAAGCCAGUCGGACCUGUUCUCUCGAUGGUAUAGGGAUCUUGUGAUUCCUACAACGGAGAUCGAAUGCGGAUAUCGUCCGUACACGAAGUGAUGAAAUCAACGCAUUAUGAUUG